AUGGAAAAAUUAUUACACUGGACUAUUGCACAACAAGCUGGAGAUAAAGAUGCUCUUGAAAAAAUUGGAGAACCAGAUCCAAAAGCUCUUAAUCAAUUAUUUGGUGGUCCAGAUGAAGCAACUUUAAUGAGAGAAAGUAUCAAAGUUGUUCAAACUCCAGAUGUUUCUCAAGAAGAUAAAGAAAUUGCUUUGGAAAAUUUUGAAAUGUUGAUUGAAAACUUAGACAAUGCAAACAAUAUUGGUAACUUGAAAUUAUGGGAACCAUUGAAUCAAAUCUUGGCUGAUAAGAGUACUAACAAUGAAUUGAAAGUUCUUAUUUGUGGUAUAAUUGGUACUGCCGUACAAAACAAUCCAAAAUCUCAAGAAGAUUUCCACAAGAGUAAUGGAUUGACUGAAUUAAUCAAAUUGGCACAAGAUGGCAGCAAUAGAUCAGUACAAUUAAAGUCUUUGUAUGCUAUUUCCUCUGCUAUUAGAGAUUUCAAUCCUGGUUAUUUGGAUUUUGAAAAAUCGGACGGCUGGAAAUUGAUCCAUUUUGAUACUACUGAUAAUAAAUUACAAUUGAGAAUCUUAUCCUUAGUCUCAUCCAUAUUGAGUAACGGUUUGGAUGAAAAAUUAGAACAAGAGUUUAGAAAAGAAAAAUUGACACACUUUUUGGCACUUGUCUUGAAUAAAGAUUCCGACACUAGUUUGGUUGAUAAAUCUUUAAACAUUAUUUCUCAAUUGAAUAAAUUGAAAUAUGAAUACACUUUAGAAGAGAAGUACGAAAUCAAUAGAGGUAUUCAAGUGGUUGAAGGUUUGAGCGACAAGUUAAACAUUGAUGAUCUCAAUGCUGCUAAAGAAGCUACCAGUUCUUAG